GAAUUGUCAAUUAUUUAUUACUACAUUUAGCUAACAUUAGAUAGUUCAUCCAGAGAUGACCUUUCCCUCGAUUUGGAAGUCGCAUCCAGAUGAUCAUGGAAUUUAAGAGAGAAUGCAAGCACAUUUGUUCGGCUAGCCGAGUUCUGCUAGGCACCAGCUGAACUGUAGCAUGCUGACACCUUUGGUGUUCCCACAUGACCAUAUCUCCAUGAUACAGCGCUUGGUUACUAGAAGAGAUGGCAGACAAGAGGCGACCACCUGUGCUAAUUAGUUAUUUAGCAUGCUCUGGACACCUGUGUGUAAGCUUAACUUGGGAAGUGUAGUUUCGUAGGAUGGAGGAACUCAUACCAUAGUUGUAUGGAUCUGUUAACUGCUACAGUAAGUGUAUCUUUUUUUAUUUAAAGAAGGAUUCUUUCUCACUGAUGGAAGAUAAGGGCAUGUUUGUCUCCAGGCAUAAGCAGUCACUUAUGUGUAGAAUUUCAGGGAAUUAGCUUUAAAACUGCAAAAAUGUGUCUUCACCCAAUGGCAAAAUGGAUUAGAAUUUUAGGAAAUUAGCGGAAAAACAUAUAUUUAUAUAUUUUUAUUAAUCUCUACCCCAUGGCAACAUAAGUAGAAUUGCAUUACAUUUUUUUGUACAUAUUUCCCUUACAAAAAUAGAUUGCAUUUUUGAAACUGCAGGAAAAGUGUAGUAACUUCAGUCGUCUGUGGUAUCUUGGAAGUAGUAAUUGCAAAAUUCUGAAUGAAAGUUAAAUAAAAAGUUGAGCAUGUUUUGUAACGAAUAGUUAAUGAAUGACCACACACGUAGGAAACCGUGUAAUAGUAUUUAUUAUUUGCACAGGAAAGUGCUUUGGUUUGCACAUAACACAUUUCAUAUGUGUGACUCAAACGUCAAGUACAACUGUAUGUAUGCUCCGUCUAAUAAAGAUAAUUGUUUUAUGUUAAAAUUAUAUUUCUGUCUCUUCACUGACUGCAGUUUAAAGGCAAAGGGGACAGACAAUGUUGAACUACAUGUCCCACAGUUCUUAGCAAACCCUUCGAACUGACGCUUCCACUUCCUCGUACCAGGCGCAAGCGCGCAAAGGUAAAGAAUGCGGACUUCGUCGCACACUGGAAACAGAACGCUGGUACAAAAGCUUCAAAGAGGAAAACAUGUCGAAAACACACACGGGGGCUACGACCUCCGGUGGACCUUCUUCCUCCUCAUCCUCCUCGCCCGCAGGUGGCACGACGUCUCCCGCCAACGUCCUGCACGUACAGCCUGAGAAACCUCAACACUACACGUAUCUGAAGGAGUUCAGGACAGAACAGUGUCCUCUGUUUGUGCAGCACAAGUGUACCCAGCACCGGCCCUUUGCAUGCUUCCACUGGCACUUUCUGAACCAGCGGCGCCGCAGGCCCAUCCGCAGGCGGGACGGAACCUUCAACUACAGCCCAGACGUCUACUGCACCAAAUACGACGAGGGCACGGGCACCUGCUCUGACGGGGACGAAUGUCCGUACCUGCAUCGUACGGCGGGCGACACAGAGCGGCGGUACCACCUGAGGUACUAUAAGACAGGCUCCUGUAUCCACGAGACGGACGGGAAGGGCCACUGCAGUAAGAACGGCUCCCACUGCGCCUUUGCACACGGAUCACAUGAUCUACGAUGUCCCGUCUACGACGUCAGGGAGGUGCAGGUGAUGGAGUCUCAGGGGGGGUCGGGGGCUGCUGAGGGAGGAGGGGGGGAGGGCCAGUCGGGGCUGGCGGCCAGUACCGCCCUCAUUGAGAAGAUCUUGAGUGAGGAACCACGUUGGCAGGAUAACACCUAUGUGUUGUCCCACUACAAGACAGAUCUGUGUAAAAAGCCUCCUCGUCUGUGUCGCCAAGGUUACGCCUGUCCCUACUACCACAACAGCAAAGACAGGCGGCGUAGUCCACACAAACACAAAUACAGAGCGCUGCCGUGCCCAGCGGUGAAGCACAGUGAGGAGUGGGGAGAUCCCAGUAAGUGUGAGGUGGCAGAGGGAUGCCAGUACUGCCACACACGCACAGAGCAGCAGUUUCACCCUGAGAUCUAUAAGUCCACGAAGUGUAACGAUAUGCAGCAGUGUGGCAGCUGUCCCCGGGGCCCCUUCUGUGCCUUUGCACACCUUGACAACAAGCCCCCUAUCAGUGAAGAACCCUCGUUUCAGACCCCCAGCUCCCCACCUCUCCCCCCAGGACCCCAAGACCCUCACCCUGCCCAGGAAGGAUGCUCCAGCCCUGGGGGCCGAGGUGGAAGGUCUGGGUCUCUGUCUGGAGGUCCGUUCUCCCCGUCAGGGGGGGUGUGUGUGGCAGAACAGGGCCUGUUAGGGAGGGUGCUGUCGUUGUGUGAGGACGUGUGUGGGGGAGGCGAACCCCUCUCCCCCUGGGCUGGGGAGGGGGGGUACGGUAGGGCACCGGGGUACGAGAGGGAAGACCAUGCCAAACAGAAGAGUUUUACCAUGGACCAGCGCAACAGAGAAAUGGCGUCUCAUCACAGCAAACAGGACCUGUUGGUGUUCCUCCCAGUUGGUAGUCCUCUGAGUCUGUCCUCCAGUGUUCCCUCCAGCCUAGCAGCCACCCCUCCCAGCCCUGCCCCUCCUGGACCCCUCCACCAGGGCCACCACCUCCAUCAUGGAGCCCCAGCACCAGGCCUCUUCUCGGGCAUGAAUGCCAACGCACUGCCCUUCUACCCCACCAGCGACACCGUCGAGUCUGUAGUGGAGUCAGCUCUGGAUGACCUGGACCUGAAUGACUUUGGCAUGUCUGCCCUGCAGAGAAGUCUGGACAGCAGCUCUGCUCUUCCCAGAGCCAUGCUGGGAGGAAAUCAGCUCCAGAGUUCUGCUCCUGUCAACAUUCCAGGAACCCUUUGCAGCUCUGCCCCUUUCAGCUCCCCCUCGCCCUCUCCACCAAUCAGAGCCCACCAAUCGCCAUUCUUCUCCUCCCAUCUAUCGCAGCCCAGCAAAUCAGAAAGCAGCUUCUUGGGGCCAUCGCAUAGCUCUUUAGGUCUGAAUGGUAUGAGCAGUAGUAUCUGGGAGCACCCAUCAGGCCAGGGUUCUCCCGGUACGCCCCCGGCCCUGCUACCCACCAUGGGCCAGAGCAUGGAGACAGCCCGGGUCCGACAGGAACUAGACGAUGCUAACAGACUACUGAAACACUGGGACCACACCUGGAGACAUACAGCACAGUCGUGGGCGGUGUUGAAGUCGGAUGCAGAGGAGUCUCGUGGCUCGGCCGGUCGGUCGGCUCUUGAAGCGGAGCGGGCCAGGCAGGCUGAGGAGGCGGCAAGGAGACAGACCUCCCUCCUCCAGGAGGCGCUGGAGAGCAUGAGGACAGGAGAGAACCCUCACUUGGGCCUCCACCAGCUCCAGCUGCUCCACAGACUGCCUCUAGAGUCUGUCCUCAGUUUGCAGGCCCAGCUCUGUACAUGUCUACACACUGUGGAACAGGUGGUGUAUAGAAAGCAGUGUCAAUGUUGUGUGACGUGUGGAGAGCAGGGAUCGGUCUCUCUGCCCUGUGGACAUGGUCUACUGUGUGACAGCUGCACCAGCUCUACAGAGUGCCCCCUUUGCCCAGAACAGAACCUAGAUCAGUUAUCCUGACCUAACUCAACUAUCUAUAGCCCAGAUAUAGAUAUGGUAUCCUCACUCAAAGACCAGCCCAAAGACCAGCCUCGGGUCCAUAUAGUCACUGAUUCAAGAUCAGAUUUCCUUUUUUACAUGCACUACCUUUCCAUAAGAAAUUAUUCAGGAUCAGCUCUCUAACCACAGACCUGGCUUUAACCAUUACAAGCUAAACCACAAAUCGAAAUCAAAUCUACAAAUCUAAAGGCAUGCAUGAUCCAGACAGCCAUCUCAUGAUGCAGCCUAAGUGGGCCACCAUUUGAAGGAGUACAAGGUUUUAGUUUUUACCGUUAGUUAUUAUUGUUUUGCUAAUGAGACUUCUAGUCCGAGGAAGAAUAGGGCUGCAUCUCAAUAGUAUAAAAAGGCUUCCUCUCCUUGCCUCCUUCACACUGAUCUGAAACUACAGGAAGGACAUAUGGUGGAAGCCUACAAAGAAAUUGCAGAUGAAGGAAGGAAAGCCAUGUUAAACUAUUUGGACGCAGCAGUCUGUGUUUCUUACAGAUAGUUUCUGUGCGUGACUGACUCAGGUUUGCAGUCUGUAAUAUUAUUAUUCUUUGUUGACCGGAAAGAUGGGAGCAUGUUAACACAAUCAAGAAAAAUGUACUAUUCAAUUGUUUAGUCUGAAAUUAUGCCGAUUUUCAUUUAAUAACAAGGCGCUUCACGUUAACUCAAAUGCCAGCCUUUUUUAAUAAAAAUCUAUGUAUAAUGUUUUUGGGGCAUAAUUGACAUUUGUAAGCAUUUAGAUAUUUCACAGUAUGUCAAACUCGUGUCAAAUAUACAUAGUUGUUGUAUGUCAUACAUGCACUGACUACACCAGGUGUCAGGCUUUGGAAACAGCAGGGGUGUGUUGAUAACCAGUGAAAAGACAUGAUCACUACUAUACAUAGACCUGGCACAAAGUUCACACCUUGUCCUACUGCAUCCACCAACAGUGUUUAAUUUUGUGUGUUUUGGUAUAGAAAAAUAAAACAAAUGUAUAUUUUUGGAUGAA